UGACUCGGGCAGAGCUGCUUCCUGCGGCUGUGCUAAACAGACGGGCCAUUUCAGGAUCAGAGAAUAGCACUUCACGGUACUGGUGGAAGCAGCAGUCCCAGUCAUGGCCUCGGCUUUCAUACCGCCAUACACCAACAGCCCUCUAGAGAACAGCAACAGUCAAAAUGCAUCCAGGGAGAAUCUGAAGAUGGAGCCGCUAGCAGAUGUUCCAUUACUGCCUGGAGAGGAGAGAGUGAUGGACAAAGAUCUCAUCUACAUGUGUCCAUUCAAUCAAGCAGUUAAAGGAAAAGUAUUCAUCACCAAUUACAGACUGUAUUUCAGAAGCACUGACACGGAGCCUGCGGUUACCCUAGAUGUACCCCUGGGUGUAAUAGGCCGGAUAGAGAAGAUGGGAGGAGCCUCCAGCAGAGGAGAGAACUCUUACGGGCUGGACAUCACCUGCAAGGACAUGAGGAACUUGCGGUUUGCUCUGAAGCAGGAAGGCCACAGUCGAAGGGACAUUUUCGGGGAGCUGUUUAAAUAUGCUUUUCCUCUUUCUCAUGGAAUGCGACUGUUUGCAUUUUUGAGUCAAGAAAAGUUCGAGGAGAAUGGUUAUGGUGUUUACAAGCCCAUGGACGAGUACAGGCGUCAGGGUCUACCUAACGAAAGGUGGAGGAUUUCCUUCAUCAACUCAUCCUAUGAAUUAUGUGAUACCUAUCCCACCAUACUGGUGGUCCCAUUCAAAGCCUCGGAUGAAGAUUUGCGGCGUGUGGCCACAUUCCGUUCCCGCUGUCGUAUUCCAGUGUUAUCAUGGAUCCAUAGGGAGAAGCAGUCGGUGAUUAUGCGCUGCAGUCAGCCUCUGGUUGGAAUGAGUGGCAAGCGCAACAAAGAUGACGAGCGCUACCUCGAGGUCAUUCGUGAAACUAACAGCACUCCCAAACUUACCAUCUUUGAUGCCAGGCCUAGCGUUAAUGCUGUGGCCAAUAAGGCCACCGGAGGAGGCUAUGAGGGUGAUGAUGCUUAUCAGAAUGCAGAACUGGUCUUCCUGGAUAUCCACAACAUCCACGUGAUGAGGGAGUCACUGAAGAAACUGAAGGAUAUUGUAUAUCCCAAUGUUGAGGAGUCACACUGGCUCUCCAGCCUGGAGUCCACUCACUGGCUGGAGCACAUUAAGCUGGUAUUGUCAGGAGCGAUUCAGGUAGCGGAUAAGGUGUGUUCUGGAAACUCGGUGGUGGUGCACUGCAGCGACGGCUGGGACCGCACGGCUCAGCUUACCUCUCUGGCCAUGCUGAUGCUUGAUUCGUAUUAUCGCACACUUGAGGGCUUUCAGGUGCUGCUGGAAAAAGAGUGGAUCGGUUUCGGACACAAGUUUGCCUCGAGAAUUGGCCACGGAGACAAAAACCACGCAGAUCAGGACAGGUCACCCAUAUUCGUGCAGUUCAUCGAUUGUGUGUGGCAGAUGACCAGACAGUUUCCAACAGCUUUUGAAUUUAAUGAACGCCUACUGCUAACAAUCUUGGAUCACCUGUACAGCUGUCGCUUCGGUACUUUCCUCUAUAACUCCGAGAACGCUCGCGAAAACAACAACGUCCGGACAAAGACGGUGUCUCUAUGGUCUAUGAUCAACAGUGACGCGUCUUCCUAUAUGAAUCCCUUUUACACAAUGGAGUCGAGCCGUGUACUUUACCCUGUAGCCAGCAUGCGCCACCUAGAGCUUUGGGUGAAUUACUACAUCCGCUGGAACCCACGUAUACGGCACCAGCAAAAUCCAGUGGAGCAGCGCUACAUGGAGCUUCUGGCACUGCGAGAAGAGUAUCUGAAAAAACUGGAGAAGCUGCAGCUCUCGGACUCCACCCCUUCUCCUCACCUGAGCAACAGCUCCACCCCUAAUGUUGCUUCGCCCAAUCAGCACUUGACACAUCUGCAGACGCCGUUUUGAUUUAAUAGACUCACAAUAGAAGCAGGAAUUUUUGUACAUAACAAUAGUAAUAAUUAUGAUAACGGUUAGUAGUGAUGUCAGUAAUAACCUGUAACUACGCGAUUAUGCAAUAAUGUCACAGUACAGCCUUCAUAGCGCAAUAGUCAGUUAUAGGUAGCAAGAAGCCUUAAAGACAUGCCACGAUGUUUUCAUUUCUAUUAUGAGCUGUAGCGCUUUCUAAACUUAUUGAAGACGCUCGGCCUGGACAGGUUGAGAUGGAGGAUUAUAAAUGAGGGUAUUCAGAAUGUUUACACAGAACAUGUUGGACUUUGUGGAAAACAGUGUAGAGUGUGUAAAAGAAUUGUAUUUUGAUUCUUGGUGACAAGAGUAUGGGCUAGUGAUGGACAAACAGAAGUGUUAAGUUCACUUUUUUAUUAAUGAUACUACUGGGAGAGUUUGCCUGAUGUAGAGUUGUUAUCUACACAAUUCGGUAUCAACCAGAGGUUCGGAUCUCAAGUCUGCAUAGACUUGGUCACAACUGUGACAUGAAUUUAAUAGUAUCUAACCACAGAGCAUUAGUCUUCAGUAAGUUGAGACAUUGCGCAAAUGUAAUUUAAACAUUUCUGGCAUAUCUAGCAAUGGCUGCUCAAUUAGCUGCAGCCUGGAACAUGAACUGAGAUGUUUCGGGUGCGCUUAGAAAACAGAACCAGGGUUUUGGGGCUAAGACCAGUUCUGUGCCUUUUCUAUUUGAGGUGUCUCAACACCUCAAGUAGACAUUUUAUAAGCAAAAUGAGUGUUUUUCUGCAGGCGGCAUCAGUGGCAAUGAAGGAGAAAUCCUUUCGGCUUCCAUUUCCGAUCGACAGGGUCACUUUUGAGUCACCAUGCACCAGUGGCUUUGGGUUUUGUCUUAAGACUGACAUACAAUCGCCAUGGAGUCUCCAGCUUUCACUCUGCUGAUAAACUGAAGCUAGCGUUUUGGGAGAAGCUGCCCUCUUGAGCUGUUCCAAGGUCAGUUCUACCCAUUGCAAAUAUUAAUUAAGGCUGGCACUUCCAGGAGCAGCUCAUCAGGGCACCUCGGUGCCAUAUCUAAUGCUGCCUUAGAAGAGCUGACCUUUUGAUGUCUUUGGCCUCAAUGAGGAAAUGAAGUUUAAACCGUAUUGCGAGGAGCAGAAACAGAAGCAACAAACACUUUGCUGUUGGUUGUGGGUUUUUUGCGGUGAGGGAGGGGAUCUAUUUUUUAUUUUGUACAAGCACCAUGACCAUGUAAUUACCUCAACAAAAGCCUAUUUUACUGUUGGAAGUUAUAUUGUUGUAAAAUAUACUUAUUUUAUUUAGUGUAAAAUUUGACAGUUUUAUAAAAGAAGAGUGAUAAAAUGUCUUGAUUGGUUGAGCUGUUGGUAUUUAGUGGACAACAUAUUUCUUUACUGGGCAUUUAGAUUUGCUUUAUACUUUUGUAGACUGAGAACAAUGGCAGAUUUGUUUCAACUGUAGGGAAAUUUGUUCACAAACCCUUUGCUGUGAGUGUUAAACUGAGUGAAGGAAUCUACACUCAUCUGUGUGUGUGUAUAUGUUUUAUUUUCUUUAGGGAAAUGAGUGAUUAUUGACAUCUUUGUUUUGGCUUUUUAGAAAUCCUUAUUUUGUGUUUCUCUACUCCAUCAUGUAUUCUUCACUAUUUGAUGACCGCCUCUUGUUCUGUAAAUAAUGCUGAUUAAAUUAAUUUAAAGAUUUUCACACA